CUCUGAGGACGCACACGUCUCCUGCUGCCUAGCUAGGAUACAAGGAGGCUUGGACAAAAGGUGGCAGGAAAGAAGGCGAGAAGGACACAAGAUGAGUCGGUGGCGGCGGUCGGUGGACGAGCUGCAGGUGCGGCGGCGGCAGCUGGGUGAGUGCGAGCGCGGACAGGAAGCUCUGAGCCGGGUCACUUCCUGUUUCCAGCAGCUGUCGUCCGCUCUGGGCAGCAGCUGUGACGGCAGCUUUCUGAGAGAGGAGAUGGAGGAGAGCAGAGUGCUGGCCUACAAGAUCUGCUGUGGGUUAUCCCGACGGCUGGUGGGCCUGCUGGCCGAAGGUGACCCUAGCUCGCCCUCCCCAGGGGAGAGAGAGAGCGCAGAGCGAAUCUGGGUCCUCUUCUUGUCCGCGCUCGAGCACUUCCUGCUCGACCUCCAGAAGGCCAGCAGCCUGAUUGGACGGUUUCCACUGACUCAGCGCUGUGAUCGACGCGCAUUGGUCAACACAGGGUCAAGUGACACCAUGGCGGGGGUGGCUGCGUGCGCGGCGUCGGUCCAGACCCCCUGGAUCACCGUGGAGGAGGAGCCAAGCCCGGGGCUGACCAAUCACAUCACAGGAUUGGAGGAUCUGCUGCAGGACAUGCAGCUCAAGGUCUCAGUUCCCUUCUGGUCUGUGGAGGCGACCCAGCAGGCAUGGGCGGAGGCUGCGGACCUGAUGGAGGACAGCGUGGAGGACCUGAUGGAGCUGGAGGUCGUCUCCAAUGAUAACAAGAUGAACUCCUGCUGCCCUUCCUGCUGCCGCCUGGGCUGUCUGCUCUAUUUACUCAACUAGCCAAUAGGAUCAAAGCCGGAGAUCAACUAGCCAAUAGGACGAGCGCCUGAGAUUAACUAGCCAAUAGGAUCAGAGCCUGAGAUCAAAUGGCCAAUAGGAUCAGAGCCCUAGAAUCACAAGCCAAUAGGAUUGAACCCUAUAGAUGGCAUCAGAGCACCAAUCAGGCUUCUUAAUCGGUUAGCUUGUAGCUGCCAGGGAGCUAGCUGUGGUUAGCUUGUAGCUGACAGUUGAGCUGAGGGGGUUUUCCGUAGCACACAUACCCCUGUGCUCCAUAAGAACCAAAAAGCCCAACACAACUAAGUUUGGAAGAAAAUUUCUCAGCCUUUGCAAUAAGGGCUUAGCUCACGGUACUUCAUCCUUAGCGUAGUGAUUGUGCUAGGGCCUCCCUUUGUCAAACAGUUUGAGUUGAUAACAAAUUAUAUUGGUAAAAUACUUUUUUGGUGAAGCCAGGGGGGAGAUAUUCUUUUGUUUGUUUACAGUUGUUUGUACAGGAAUGUUCCUUUAAUUACAUAUAAUUAAACUGUCACCCAGAACCUCACAAGAUAUAAAACAUGAAAAGCACCCAGCUAAUGAGAACCUAAGAAAUAUUUUAUCUUAUCAAAAUGUAUUUGUCAACCACAAAGUUUACUACAGGAAUUAAAUGCUAGCAUCUCCAGUGAACCACCUAGAGGCCGUUAGAGGAGCUACAUGCUAGUCUCUUCCGUGAACCACCUAGAGGCCGUCAGAGGAACAACAUGCUAGUCUAGCAAACAACCCUAAGGUAUACAAGUCAUUUUAGGGUUAAAGAGAAAAACACCUAUUAUUGUGGUUAUUUUAGCACUGCUUCACAUGCAAUAAUAAACAAUAUUUUACUUAA